GUAGCCAACCGAAAGCCAGCCAGUUGGUUCUCGCUUUCUCUGCGACGCAUCAGCCUUCAUUUUUUCUCCACCCUUUUUGAACAACUUUUGAUUCUCUUUCUUUUCCCCCUAUGAGACGUCUCUCGUCUGUGUUUUUGGGGUUCUUCGAUGAUCUGACAUAGAAAGAGGAAUAAGGAAUCACCAUCAUCUCCAUCUGUGAGAAUUCUCUCCGAUUUUCUUUUUUUAGACUCCCCUGUUUUCCAAAUUUUGCGCCUUUUUUUUAAUCCUUGUGUUUCUGACCAUUUCUAGUAGCAUUUCCGGAAUACUUUUUCGUAUUUCUCCUGUUAAUUGGUGGGUUUAUCUUUGAUUUGGUUCUCUGAACUACUGCAGAUUUCCAAUAAUUUGGUAAAUUCUUUUUUGUAGAUUUUGAAUGAUUGAGCAUGAUUCUAUGAUCUGGGAGUAGUUGAAGAUUUUAGAAUUGGUUCUGUGAAGCUUUGGAUUUACUUGCUGAUUAUGCUUUGCAUAGUUGUCUGAUAUCUUAAGGAAUUCCGUUUCUUAAAGUGUGUAGUUCGUCAAUUUGGUUGAUUUGUGAAGCUUAUACUUUUAGGAUAUUUUAAUAUAUUGGAGGAUUUGAGGGACAAAUAAAGUUGUUUGCUUAAGGGUUUUCACAGAAAAUAUUUGAUUUAUGACUGGAAGGGGAUAUGGCCGCUGUUAUCGAUUUUUCACCUUCGUUUACUGUAUUAGAAAGUGGUUCUAGUACGGACAAUUUAUCAUCUAUUGAAAAUCAGAACUCGUAGAAUUUAGAUAAUCUGAAACGAAGUGCAAACGGGAAACCUCCACGGAACCUCUCGGGUGUGUGGCAUAGUAUCAGUUCAACGAGGAUGCUGACUGCCGCUGAUCUGUCAAUGGAUGUUGGGAUUGUUGUCAACGAGUCGCCUGCUGAUGAAAAAUCAAAUUUUCUACCAGUGUUCCAAUCAGGGAGCUGUGCUGAACGAGGGCUUAAACAGUAUAUGGAGGAUGAGCACGUGUGUAUAGAUAAUCUUGUUGAACAUCUAGGGGCAAGUUCCAACUUUCCCGCACCUGGAGCUUUCUAUGGGGUAUUUGAUGGGCAUGGAGGUACUGAUGCAGCAUCAUUUGUUAGACGUAAUAUUCUCAGGUUCAUAAUUGAGGAUUCUCAUUUUCCAAUUUGUGUGGAGAAGGCAAUUGAGAGUGCUUUUGUGAAAGCUGAUUAUGCAUUUGCAGAUGAUAGUGAACUUGAUAUCUCAUCUGGUACCACUGCACUAACUGCCCUUAUAUUUGGAAGAACCUUGAUAAUUGCCAAUGCUGGAGAUUGUCGAGCAGUGCUGGGGAGGCGAGGUAGAGCAAUAGAGAUGUCCAAAGACCACAAACCUAUUUGCAUAUCUGAAAAACUGAGAAUUGAGAAACUCGGUGGAGUCAUAUAUGAUGGCUACCUUAAUGGCCAGUUAUCUGUUGCGCGUGCCCUAGGAGACUGGCACAUGAAGGGGCCCAGGGGUUCUGCAUGCCCUUUAACUGCAGAGCCAGAAUUGCAGGAGACAAAUCUAAGCGAGGAGGAUGAGUUUUUGAUCCUAGGUUGUGAUGGCCUGUGGGAUGUAAUGAGCAGCCAGUGUGCAGUGACAAUUGUAAGGAAAGAACUAAUGCUACAUAAUGAUGCUGAAAGAUGCUCAAGAGAGUUGGUCAGGGAGGCUCUAAAGCGCAAAACAUGUGAUAAUGUAACAGUGAUAGUGGUUUGUUUCUCGCCAGACCCACCUCCUCGGAUAGAGAUUCCACAAUUUCGAGUUCAAAGAAGCAUAUCACCAGAAGGUCUGAAUUUAAUCAAGGGUCACAUGUGAUGUAGAGAGGUAUGUACAAAUGCAUUUCAGGGUUUAGAAUUGGCAAGGACAAUUUUUUUGCUCCGGGUGACCUCGCAGAGAUGGCUGAUAUUCAACCUCGUUCUGGGAAAAUAAAAUCGCAUAGAGUAGUGAUCCUUUUGAGGUUCAAAAUCCUGUACAUCUGAGAUCAUUAUGUUGUAUCAUUUUGAUGAGCUCAUUGUUCAGCUGUCUAGUUGCAUGGACAAAUCUCUCAUUUUUCAUUUAUCCUUUGUACAUAAAUUCGUAAAGAGGAAAACUGAGAGGGAAUGCUCUUCCAUUGCUCA